ACGUAACCCCUUUAUCUGAAAUGCAAAUUUAUUAGGCAUGCAAUUUUUGAGGUACUAGCGAUCAAGGGCUAGUACCAAGGGCGCUCCAACACUGUGUUACAACCCUAGCGGCAGCCCAGGUGGCCUCAAACUUGGCGAUCUCCCACCCUCCGCCUCCUGAGUCGCUAGGGUUACAGGCGCCCAGGGGUUAGCUGUAUUUUGUUUGGCUGCCUUGGACCUGGGGCGUUUAGGGAUUUCCUAUCCGGGUCCGCAGAACAGUCUACCCCGCCCCCUAACCCCUAAGGGUGCGAGGGGCCGAAGUCCUGGAGCUGAAGGAAGGCUCAGGGAAGAGGAGGAGGAGAGCCGGCCAAGGAUGGGCCAGCCCACGGAGUUCCCAGGCGCGAACCAACCCUCCCUGGCCUCCCGGGUAGGAGCUACGCGACUCUCAAGGUCCAACCGUGAAAACCGCCUGUACCCGAGGGAACCCAGCGAAACGACUGGCACAGCUCUGAGAAAGCGACCGAUUCCUUCAGUGUGCGCACCCGACGCAUGCGCAACUCCCCACAGCGAGCUGCGUCCCGGUGCUAGGCAACGAGCGCGCGCUCGAGAGACGGGGUUGGAGCUCGGUGGUGGCAAGGGCGUUCGGAGGGUCCCCAAGAUGGAAACUGAUUAUUUGAAAAAGUGCUUUGGAAAUAGCCUGUCCCAGGCACUGGCAGAGGUGGCAAAGGUUCAGCCCAGUGACCCAAUAGAGUACCUGGCUCACUGGCUUUAUCAUUACAGAAAAAUUGCUACAGAAAAAGAAGAGAAUAGGCAAGAGAAGAUCCAGUUGCAGGAGGAAUAUGACUGUAGCCUGAAGGAAAAGGAAAUGAUGGAAAUGCUGAAACAGGAAGAGUAUCAGAUCCAACAGAAAUGUGCACAGCGUCACCAGGAACAGAUUUCCACAAAGAAGGCCAUAUUCAUGCAGGAAGACACAGGAACUUUUGAGAAGGAGGCCUUGAAGCAAGAAUCCUUGCCAGGUACUUCCGAUAUGACUCCAGCAAUGCCUCAACAGAGUCCUGCUUCAGAGUCAGCUGACCAGACUGAGCAGAACUUUGAUACUGCACAAGAAAUAAACUUAGAGAAGAUGCUUCCUCCUGAAGUUGCUCAUGAAAUGCUUCCUAGUUCCAAAUCCCCUCCUUAGAUUAUCAGAAUGGAGAGAAUUCUACUGACCUUUCUCUUAACACUUCAAGCCGAGGAAAAUGACCAUGAGGAUGCACUCUCACCUAAACUAAGAUUUAAGGGACUAUGAAAGGAGGUGUCUAAAAGUUCUCUCCCAUCUAAGGACUGGUCUGUUAGCCAUGAAACCCCUAAAUCAUGAGAGAAUUUGAACUAGUUAUAGGAUAAAAUCAACUCACAAUAAGGAUUAAAACAAGUAACUAAACUGA